UGGCAUACUGCAGCUGUGCGCAGUGGUUAUCUAGUCCUCUUCCUGUUUUGUAACGUUUAACGUUAAAGUUUACGCUACAUAUCAACAGGUGGAAACUAACUGGACAGAAUCAUUCUCUUCAAAGAGAUGUCCCAAUACCAUUUUUUCUUCCGGAUACUGAUUACCGAUCCAAUACCAGUUCAAAGAUGAACUGCUGUGGUCUGCUAACUGCACAGAAGGAACCAGUUCCUCUGAAGAGCGUGGAGGUGGAGCUGGAGGUGAGGGCCCAUGUGGCUACAGUGGUCUCCACUCUGAACUAUGAGAACAAGGAGGACAAACCACUGGAGGCUGUUUUUGUCUUCCCUCUGCCUGGAGAUGCUGCUGUAUGUCACUUCAGUGCUAAGAUUGGACAGACGGAGAUUGUAGCUGAGGUGAAGGAGAAACAGAAGGCUCGUGAGGAAUAUGAUGACGCUUUGAGCUCUGGUCAGCAGGCCUUCCUGUUGGAGGAGAGUGAUCAGAGUCCAGAUAUAUUCUCUCUGAGUGUGGGCAGUCUGCGUCCAGGAGAGAGCGCCUCCAUCAGGCUGGAGUACGUCACUGAGCUGGCUGUGCAGGCUGAUGAAGGGCUGAGGUUUUGUCUGCCUGCUGUGCUCAACCCUCGCUACCAACCUCGGGGAAGUGAAGAUGUUUGUAUCCAGGUGACCUCUGUUCCAGCCUCUCUGGUGCCCUACAGUCUGUCUUUCUCUGCCCGAGUGUCCUCUCCUCGUCCAGUCUCUAAAGUAGAGUCCAACUGUCCCCUGGACGCUCUCCAGUACCUCAACACAGAGCAAACCCAGGCUACGGUCAAGUUGGCUGCAGGACACAAGUUUGACAGAGAUGUUGAACUGCUGAUUUAUUACAAAGAUGCCCACCAGCCCACUGCUGUGGUGGAGGUAGGACAGGCCUCUGCCAAGCCUGGCACUCUGAUGGGUGAUCCAGUGGUGAUGCUGAGCCUGUACCCUGAGUUUCCCCAGGCUGUGAUGUCUUCAGUCGCUUCAUCUGGAGAGUUUGUGUUCUUACUGGAUCGAUCUGGCAGUAUGGAUGCACGUAUGAACAACAGCGAGAGUCAUCAAACUCGUAUUGGCAGUGCCAGGGAUACUCUGCUGCUCCUGUUGAAGAGCUUACCAAUGGGCUGCUAUUUCAACAUCUACAGUUUUGGGUCCAGCCAUGAACACAUCUUCCCUAAGAGUGUGGAGUACAGCCAGAAGACCAUGGAAGAGGCUCUGAAAAAAGUUGAGGAGAUGGACGCUAAUCUGGGAGGAACAGAGAUCCUGAUGCCCCUAAAACACAUUUACAGCCAGCCCUGCAUUCCCAGUCAACCUAGACAACUAUUUGUCUUUACUGACGGAGAGGUGGGGAACACCAAAGAAGUUAUAAAUCUGGUGAAGAAGAAUUCAGGUUCCCACAGGUGUUUCUCUUUUGGGAUUGGGGAAGGGGCCAGCUCUGCUCUUAUCAACGGGUUGGCCAAGGAAGGAGGAGGUCACGCUCAGUUCAUCACAGGGACUGACAGGAUGCAACCCAAAGUGAUGCAGUCGCUACGUUUUGCUCUGCAACCAGCUGUGGUGGACAUUUCAGUCAAGUGGGAUUUGCCAAAGGGAGUGUCUGUCACUGCUCUCUCUCCACCAAUCACAGCACUUUUCCAGGGUCAAAGGUCACUGGUGUAUGCCCAGCUCACUGGGAAGAGUUUAGCAGCGGAGGGCUGUGUGACGGUGAAGUACAGCCUGGCAGGUCAUCCCACUCAGAACCAGCUGCACUUCAGUCUCAAACCUGCAGAGGACACUGGAAUAACAGUCCACAGGCUGGGUGCUCGGAGUCUGAUUCGCUCUCUGGAGAUGGAGGAGAGAGAGCGCGGAGGAGAGCGGGAUGGAGAAGUGAAGAAGAAGGUGGUGGAGCUCAGUGUCCAAUCAGGAGUGAGCAGUGCCUUCACUGCCUUCAUUGCUGUCAACAAAGGCAAUGGCGAGGCGAUUCAAGGACCUCUGGUGCGCAGAAAUGUUCCAACACCCAGGCUGUGGGGUGGUUGCGGUCCGCCGCAGUCAAUCAAAAUGAUGCAAGGCCCAAUGGUUUUUGGUGGAAUGCAAUCCAACAUGAGAAUGGCAAGAGGUGCAUGUGCCCCAGUUGCAAAGCAGAGGAUGAUGUGUGACAGUCCCCCCAUGUUUCAAUGUAACAGUAUAAGCAUUGAGCACAAGCAGCCACCCAGAGACCCUUUGCUGCAGCUGGUCUCCCUCCAGAAGGCGUCUGGCUGCUGGGUACUGGAUCCAGCUCUGGCUGCUGCACUGGGAAAGACCAGCGAGGAGGUGGAAAAGCCCAAGCCUGCAUUGGUGAACCAGGAAGUAUGGGCCACCAUUGUGGCUCUGAUCUGGCUUCAUGGUUUCAAGAUGGAUGCUCAGGAAGAGUGGGAGCUUCUGGCUAUGAAGGCUGUGUCAUGGCUCCGUGCCCAGAAUGCUCCAUGUGUGACAGAGUGUGUGGAAGCUGGAAAUGCUCUGUUGGGUUGCAACAUGCAGAAAGACGCCCUGGGACUCUGAGAUUUUCAUUAAAGUGGCUUCUCUUUAGGAUUGGUACACAGAAGCAGGGGUGGUAAUGGCACAGUGGAUAUCACACAUGCCUUUGGUGUGGGAGAUCUGGGUUCGAUUCCCACUGUGAUACAUCAACCCAUGUGUCCCUGAGCAAGACUGACUGACUUAACCCCUAGUUGCUCCAGAGGUGUGCGACCUCUGAUAUAUAGCAAUUAUAAGUUGCUUUGGAUAAAAGUGUCAGCUAAAUGUAAUGUAAUCUCCAUCCUACAAGCUUUACAUUAUAAACAUUGCGUGUUUGAACAGCAGAAAUUAAUUGAUUUGAAAAAUACUUUGCAGUAUUUUAUGUGAGAAAGAAGAAGCCGUAUUUAAUUUGCAAGAUAGGCCUAUUACAUCUAUCCAGGGUCAGACAUGUAACAAUGAGUUCUUUUGCUUGAAACCUUAAUGUCAAGUUGUAUACAAAAACCUGAAAAUAAAACCUGAUGAAGGAUAUUUGAAUGAA